AUGCAGGAGAAGUUCCUGGAAAUGUUGUGGCCUUUCAGGCAUGGAAUUUCUGGAGGGAUUUUCCAGCAAAGAGCCUUGGCAAAGCCAAUGUUUAUCAACUCACUGCUUGGACAUCCUGCGUUUCAGAACUUACACAUAAAAGUUGGAGACAAAGCUGAACUUAGCAAGGCUUUUACACAGAAUGAUGUAGUUACUUUUUCUUCUUUAACAGGUGACACAAAUCCUUUGCAUUUAAAUGAAGAGUUUGCAAAGAAGUCUAGGUUUGGGAGAACCAUUGUCCAUGGAGUUCUGAUCAAUGGACUUAUUUCUGCAGUUCUGGGCACCAAAAUGCCUGGUCAAGGAUGUAUAUUUCUCUCCCAGGAGAUUCGUUUUCCAGCUCCUUUGUAUGUUGGUGAAGAAGUCACAGCUGCAGCAGAAGUGAAACGACUGAAGGGUUCUGUUGCACACAUUUCUGUAUCAUGUCAGGUCAGAGAAAGUGGGAAAACUGUUAUGGAAGGGAUGGUGAAAGUCAUGGUGCCAGAGAGUUAGAGCUGUUCGUCAUGUGCAACCUCAGCAUAAAGGCCAGAACCAAUGUACACUUAGUUUUGAGUCUCUUUUUAUGUGAAAUCACAAAACCAGUAAAUUUGCAACAAAAGCCUUUCAAAA